AUGAAUAAAUAUGAAGUUUUAGGAGUAGUAGGAGAAGGUGCUUAUGGAGUAGUUUUGAAAUGCAAGAACAAGGAAACAAAUGAGAUUGGUAGACAAUGAAUUAAAUAAUAGUGGCAAUAAAGAAAUUUAAGGAAACAGAGGAUAAUGAGAUUGUUAAGAAGAGCAUUUAAAGAGAAGUAAAGGUGUUGCGAUUGUUGAGACACGUCAAUAUUGUAGAAUUAAAGGAGGCAUUUAAAAGGUUUAGAGUUGGGCCUAUUAUUAUUAGAAAGGGAAGAAUUUAUUUAGUAUUUGAGUAUGUGGAAAGAAAUCUAUUGGAAGUGUUGGAAGCCUCACCUUCUGGUUUAGAAGUAUAGAAUCGGCCUAAUUUUAGCCUUUGUAUAUAAAAAAAACUAUCUUUCAACUUCUAAAGGCUAUAUACUGUUGCCAUUAACAUGAUAUAGUCCACAGAGAUAUAAAACCAGAGAAUUUACUUAUAAGUAAUGCAAAUGUGUUGAAGUUAUGCGAUUUUGGAUUUGCCAGAGUAAAUGAAUAUCAAUAUUCAGUCAUUGACAGCAUAAACAUAGGAUCUUACUGACUAUGUAGCAACAAGAUGGUACAGAGCCCCUGAAUUAUUACUAAGUUAUUCCAAUUAUGAUAAAGGUGUUGACAUGUGGUAAUUAUUGUACAAUAACAAUGAAAAAGGGCAAUUGGAUGUUUAUUGUGCGAGUUAACAGAUGGUAAUCCAUUAUUUCCUGGAGAGAAUGAGAUGGAUUAGUUAUAUUUAAUCUAAAAAAUGCUUGGACCCUUGACUCCUAGUUAAUAAGAGACAUUUUCUAAAAACCCUCGAUUUUUAGGUAUGAAAUUUCCUGAAAUCUCAAAGCCUGAAACCUUGGAAUAGAGGUUGUUAUGUUUAUUAAUUGAAUAGAUAUUUGUGUAAAUUACCUAAAAGAGCAAUAAAUUUUGUAAAGGGAUUGCUAAAGAUGGAACCAUCAGAGCGAUUGACUUGCAGAUAAGCAUUAAAGCAUUAGUAUUUCGAAGAUCUGCCUGAAGCAAUUGAAUUUGUGAAAGAAUUGAAUUUGCAAAAUGAAUAAGAGAAAAGACAAGCAAGUGCUGGAGUAAAUAGAACUGCACAAUCACCAACCAGUCAAUAGAAUGUGAUAAGAACUAAAGUAUUUUUGGAUUUAUUAAUAAAAGACAUCAUUCAAGGUCCCUAAUUAUUUAGGAUAAUAAUUAAAUAUGCAAAGCACAGCUUAUGCUUACAAUAUAUAGUAAUAAGAUUAAGGACAGCAGCAAUAGGGUUCACAAUAAUAAUCGACUAUGAAGAAAACGGUAUUAUGUUUAAUUUAAGUGAUAGCAGUCGAUUGACAAAUUGAUCCCAUAGUACAAGGAUACAAAAGUAGGGUUUGUUUCAGAUACAAAUAAAAUUAAAAUUUCAGGUUCUUAAUUUAGUCAACAAUAAUUUGCAAUAGCCAAACAACCCUAAUCAAUUAAGAUUUAAAAUUUAAAUAUCAUUUACAAUUCAAACACUUUUAACUCUUCUCAAAAAAAGGGAGGUGCUUAAACUAAAAAAUGA